AUGUGUGCGUUGCUGCACCUCUUGGUGGCAGCUGUCGCCUUCUGCAUCGUAGUCGAUGCGGUGCCAGCCAGUGUAGCCAGCUUCGCCGCUCCAACAGUCACGAUAGAUUCCGGAGCGGUAGUUGGCACAACGACCCUUCUUGCUGGGGCCACCGUCACGGUCGACAAGUUCCUAGGAAUCCCGUUCGGGGCAUCUCCAACGCGAUUUGCACCCGCCGUAAAGCCAACGCCAUGGAAAUCACCCUACAACGCUACGAAGUAUGGUCCAGCAUGCAUCCAACAGUUCAAUUAUCCCGAAGCGGCGCGCAAUCUGACAAUGUCAUGGUUCAACACUCCGCCUCCGCCAGCAGGCGAGAGCGAAGAUUGUCUCAACCUAAAUGUCUAUGUCCCUGCGACCCCAGGGAAAAACAAGACCGUUAUGGCAUGGAUAUAUGGAGGUAGCCUACAAUUCGGGUCAAACUCAGCUUCGUACUACGAUGGAACAUCAUUCGCCGCGAACCAGGAUGUCAUUAUCGUGACGCUCAAUUAUCGGACAAACGUGUUUGGCUUUCCCAACUCUCCCGAGCUGCCCUUAGCCCGGCGCAAUCUGGGAUUCUGGGACCAGCGUCUUGCCCUCGACUGGAUCCAAAGAAACAUUGCGGCGUUUGGUGGCAAUCCUAAGAAGGUGACAAUUUUUGGAGAGAGUGCUGGUGCGGCGAGCGUGGACGCGCUCGUGACGAGCCUACCAAAGAACCCUCCUUUUCGAGCAGCAAUCAUGGAAUCUGGGCAAACAUCGUUCUACAUCAACCCAACCAAUGCGCCAACGUCGUGGCUGGCACUUGCUGCUGCCUUGAAUUGCACCCAGACCCAUCCCCACUCGAAUCUGACCUGUCUCCGAGAUGCAAAUGCCACUGUCAUCAAGUCCACGAUCGAGCACAUGGCUCUGCCAUUCCGCCCUGUCUCGGACAACGUCACCUUACUCCGCUAUCCCGAGGAAGCAAGGGUGAACAAGAGCAUCGCGCCUGUUCCGAUCAUGACGGGAACCAAUGCCAACGAAGGCACGAUCUUUACCGUCGGCCAGAGCAACGCCACUGCAUAUCUCGCCUCAGUGCUGGGCAACCAGACCGCUCUGAUCCAGGCGAUUCUGGCGGCGUACCCUCUUCCACCUGCACAGCAACUCGCCGCGAUCACCACCGACUUCGCCUUUACCUGUCCGGCGGGCAACUUGGCCAAUGACUCCCGCGCUGCCGGUUUCCCAACGUGGCGCUACUACUUCAACGCCACGUUCGCAAACACUCAGUUCUUCCCUGGGUCGGGGGCAUACCACUCCUCGGAAAUCUCGCUCGUCUGGGGGACAUAUCCACGGGUCAACGCGACCGAUGACGAAAAGGCGCUCAGCCGGUACAUGCAGAGUGCGUGGGCGACUUUUGCACGCAAUCCUCCGGCCGGUCCUGGCUGGGAAGGCGUUCCCCGGGUGGCUGAUCUGGGAGUUGGCGGUGUCCUGAACAAACCCAUCGACGCGGGUGUGAUUGAUAAGAACUGCUACCUUUUCCGACAAUAUUAUAACGCCCUCGGGAGCGCAGUGGCAGGUGUCGGGGGAGGUUGA